UCGUAGAAUCACAAGUGGUACGUAGAUACGGAAGUGUACAGUCAGCUGUUCCAGGCAGACCUGUCAAGUGUUUUUCUGUGACAAUACACCCCCUCUGUCAACAUGCUGAAGGCGAUCAUUUUAAUCGGAGGUCCCCAAAAAGGGACAAGAUUCAGACCAUUAUCUUUUGAAGUUCCCAAACCCUUGUUUCCAGUGGCUGGUGUCCCCAUGCUUCAGCAUCACAUUGAAGCAUGUGUCAAAGUACCAAAUUUAAAGGAGAUUUUGCUUAUUGGCUUUUAUCAGCCAAAUGAAGAACUGAAUCGCUUCCUGUUUAAUGCGCAGCAGGAGUUUAAAAUGCCGAUCAGGUAUUUACAGGAGUUUGCAGCCCUGGGCACUGGAGGAGGCAUUUAUCACUUCAGAGAUCAGAUUCUAUCUGGCAGUCCAGAGGCUUUCUUUGUUCUGAAUGCUGAUGUUUGCUCAGCAUUCCCUCUCACUGAGAUGCUCAACUUCCAGAAAGAGCAUGGAGAGCCAAACAGUUUUGUUAUUCUAGGAACAACGGCAAACAGGAAACAGUCCAUGAAUUAUGGCUGCAUUGUGGAGAACGAGAAAACAAAUGAGGUCCUGCAUUAUGUGGAAAAGCCCAGCACGUUUGUUAGCGAUAUUAUCAACUGUGGUAUAUACCUGUUUAAUCCAGAGAUCUUCCAGCACAUCGGCGCCGUCUUCCAGAAGAACCAACAGGACAUGUUGCUCUAUCCAUACGAUGGAGAGGAGCCGACCAACGGCUGGCAUCGAGCAGAGGCCAUCAGGCUGGAGCAGGACAUAUUUACCUCUCUGGCAGGACAGGGCAAACUCUAUGUGUACAAGACCCUCUGCUUCUGGAGCCAGAUUAAAUCUGCAGGGUCUGCAAUUUAUGCCAGUCGAUUGUACCUCAAUCAAUAUCACACGACUCACCCUGAAAGACUGGCCUCCAAUAAAGAGGGAGGACCCAAAAUAACUGGUAACGUCUAUAUUCAUCCCACAGCCAAUAUUGAUCCCACUGCUGUGUUGGGCCCCAAUGUCUCAAUUGGCACUGGCGUGACUAUUGGUGCCGGGGUCAGAGUUCGAGAGUCGAUUAUUCUUCAUGGUGCAACCCUACAGGAUCAGUGCUGCGUUUUGAACAGCAUUGUGGGAUGGGAUAGUACUAUUGGCAAGUGGUCACGAGUAGAAGGAACCCCCAGUGACCCAAACCCCAAUGACCCUUUCGCAAAGAUUGCCAGUGAGACUCUCUUUAGAGAUGGAAAACUCACACCUUCUAUUACUAUUCUUGGUUGCAAUGUGAACAUUCCCUCUGAGGUGAUAAUACUGAACUCCAUUGUUCUUCCACACAAAGACCUGAACCGAAGCUUCAAAAACCAAAUCAUCCUCUAGUUCCUGCUUUGGUCUUCUUUCAAUCGACGAUGAAGGAUGCUGCUGCUGACCGACCUUUGGCACUAAUGGAGAGUUACUGUACAUAAGAUUCUUUUUUAAUGAAUAUGAAAAGCUGUCAUUAAAACCGUUUUGAAAGAUAA